UAACGGGACCGAAAAGGAUGUGAGACCAAAAUUCUCAAUCUGAAUCCUUUGCAUGAUCUAUGAUCUCUUCCCUCCCCUCAUUUCCCCCAUGCAUGGUGUUGCAUUUCAGCCAGUGGCACCCCUGGCUAUCAAAUAGGAUACAUGAAUGGGCUCUCGUCACUGAUUACGGAGAGACAGAGAGGUGGGGGAGCGGAGAGGUGGGUGGUACAGAUGCUGAGGGGAGAAUCGAGCGUUGGCGGGGGGCUGGUGGGGUUUGUGUUCAUCUGUUGCACAGGACAAGCACUCGUUUCCAGCUCUGAGCUUCAUAACCACAUGUUGCUGUGCUGAUUGACUGCAUUAACGUUCCUCCAGCUGCUUCUGUAUCUCUCUCUCUCUCUACCUCCCUCCCGUCCUCCGUUCUGCUCAGUUGUUGUGUCCAUCUCCAAGAGGCAGAGAGCUUUUCGGAGUUGCAGCCUGAUGUUAUUUUGGACCUCACCAAUUCAGACGUCGAGAGAGAAUUGCCAGCGCUGCAGAUGUGAGGUUUUUUAGGGAAGCAUCCCCUCUCACUCCCUUCUCUGCAUUUGAGAAGCUGUACUGGACAGAACCACCAUCAUGCCUGGCCUGAUCAACAAGAGCAAAUGGAGCGCUCUGCCUCUCAGCGUCUCAGACAUCACUUCCUGUGUCAGGGGUUACACCCUGGCAAUGACAGCCUCCUUGACCUAUGAAAACAUCGAAGAUCACCCUGUCGAGGGAAUCUUUAUAUACCCUCUGGAUGAGUUCAGCGUGGUGGUCGGGUUCGAAGCGAUGAUUGGCAGCCAGAUAAUAACCGUGCAGGUCAAAGAUAAAAUGAAAAUCGAUGACUGUUACUUUGAUUGCUGCAAUGCCAAUGGAACCCCGCAGAGCGGAGGUGGACAUAUCAUUUUGGAUGAGGAUCAGGAGACGACAGUGCUGGUGGUCAAUCUGGGGGUCAUUCCCCCUCUGGAGACCAUUAAUAUACUGGUCAGCACCUCCUCAGAGCUCAGCACACUCCCUAAUGGGGGAAUUCGGGUGAGCUCACCACCCGUCUGCUCUCCAAGAGUCCAACGUUCUGUCAAAGAGGAGCAGGCGUUUUCACCCAGCACUGCUAGGAGGAGGGAUCAGCAUCACUGUGCAGUGGGAACCCACGAGCAGACGGCCUCAGGAGUGUGUUUGGCUGCUCUGUUGGAGGAAGAGACCAUCAACUCUAUUGACUAUGAGUUUAAUUUCCAUCUUGAGAUCAGAGGGCCGUAUUUACUGGCAGGUGUGGAAAGCCCCUCACACGCCAUCAGGGCGGACGCUGACCCCACGGCUCGCUCUGCCACAAGCAUUGUGGUCACACUGGCAGACAAGUACACCUACGACUGCCCUGUGGAGAUACUGAUCUACCCCAGUGAGCCCCAUCUGCCACACGUUCUCAUUGAAGACGGAGACAUGACGCCGGAGGAAUACGAUGAGCAUCUGAAAGGACGGAGCGACUACAUAAAGGCCACCAAGAAGGACUGCAGUAAUGAAAAGACCGUGGACAUCAUUCGGAAGAGGCUGCAUAAAGACAUCCUCCACAACCCUGUGGCCAUGCUGAACUUCUGCCCAGACCUCCGUUCGACGACCUCUGACCUGCGGAGCAUUCAGGGGGAAUACAUCUUCCUCAUCGACCGCAGUGGAAGCAUGAGUGGGGUCAACAUCAAUCGAGUUAAGGACGCAAUGGUUGUGAUUCUGAAAAGUCUUUUCCCAGCAUGCUUAUUCAACAUAGUGGGCUUCGGAUCCAAGUUCAAAACGCUGUUUGCCACCAGUCAGAGCUACGAUGAGGAGAGCUUGGCGUUGGCUUGUGAGCAUGUGAAGAAGAUCCGCGCUGACAUGGGCGGCACAAACAUACUGGCUCCUCUCAACUGGAUCGUACGGCAGCCCAUGCAGAGAGGUCACCCUCGCCUGCUCUUCCUCCUGACCGACGGAGCCGUCAGUAACACGGGGAAAGUUAUUGAGUUGCUCCGCAGCCACGCCAGGUUCACCAGGUUCAAGGAUACAGAGCUGCAGAACUAUUCAGGUCCACCUCCGGACAACCGCGCUCUGCACUCCUCGUUGAGGCUCAUCUGGAAGAACGAGCAGAGGCUGCUGUCCGGGUUGCUGGAAUGGUUGGCGAUCUCCACGAAGCAGCAGGAGGAGGACAUCGGGGUGAUGUCCGUGUUUCAGGAGGGGAAGGAGAUCUUCCAGGACAAACGGAGGCGGUACAGCAUGAUGCGUUCCAACGAGUCGGCCAGUUCAGUGUUUUAUCACUCUCAAGAGGAGGAUGCUGGGAAGGUUUCCUCUGACGGUCAAGGGCCGCACAGGGACAAUCAAGUCGGCUCGCUGUUUGACGGUUGCCAGGAGACCAUAUCCGAGAGCAGUCCUGUUGCCACGGAGCAAGACAUUAUGGGAACUGACAUAGCCACCUCUCCGCGAAGACGUGCUUACAGCACCAAUCAGAUUGUAGAUUACAACCCCAUGAAGAAGGCCUACACCCAUAGUGACCCCAGCUCAGUGGUGGGCAAAAACCCUCUUAGAAGAGCAAAAGUCCAGGAACUCAUAGGACAGACACAUCCUGACCACGGAGCUCAGUGGAAAAUGGACUACCAGCCACAGUUGGCCAGCCUGUGUGCCACAUCCUCAAGAGGACGUCCCAUAACUGCUCACAAACCUCCAGCGCAGCAACCAGAGGGUCUCCAGGAGGAGUUCAAGGUGGAUCAGACUCAUCCCGGCCCAGUCAUGGAAGAUGGCUCCAGGUCUUCAACUGACAGCCCUUCUUUAGGCAGCACCGGCGAUGCAGAUGGCUACGCGCAUCAGCUUUGCGAAGUCGAAACGCCCCAGGAUCCUCACGCGCCAGAAUUCAAGGCCAGUCACGGAAAGGGAGAUUGCAAAGCGGUCAUAUCAGGACUGCUGUGUGGGAAGCCCAUGAGAUGGGAGGUGGCCUUUGACAUCCAGCCUUACCUGAAAGGCCGAGAGCGGGAGGAGAAAGUUUACGAGGACCUGUGGAACGAAACCUUCCAUCACCUGGCGGGACGCUCCAUUAUUCAAGACUUUGAACACAUGGUGGAUAAAGAGUGUGAGAUUGAGCAUGGUUCUGGGAGAAGGUACCAGCUUUACGCCAUCCACACGAGCAAAGCCUGCAACAUCUUGAGCAAAUACACAGUGUUUGUACCUAUCGAUCUGGACAGCAAUGAAUAUUUACCCACCUGCAUUGAGUACAGCCAUCCUGGGGAGGAUCAUAAACGAAGUUCGCACUGCAGUUCUCGUUCCGGCAGCAGGAAGAACCGUGGUUACUCUGUGGGUCUGGGUCGCUCGCAGUCAGGAGGUUUGCCUGGGCAAGAAGAUGCAGCGUUAUGCUACAACGAUUCAUCCCAAGCCCCCUGCAAAACACCCUCAUCCUCCAGCUGGGAACGAUGUAGCUCUUCUGAAGCCUCUCAAAGGAGUCCAUCGGUGCCCUCCGACCCCUCGCAGAGAUCAGUCGAGAGCCUUUUCUCCGCCAGCAAGCUGAGCCUGAGCAGGACACGUCUCCUGACGAAAGCCGCCAGGGGCUUCAUGAGCCGGUCGCAGAGCAAAAUCAGCAACUCAGUGGGAGAGAGUGAAAAUGACAACAAGGACUACAUCCCUCUGGUGUCAUUGCAGCUGUCCUGUGGGGCGUUCAUGUUGGACAGUGCCUUGUGUGAUGCCAUCAAUGUGCCCAUGGACAAGCUGAAGUGGACGUCGCCCUUCACCAGCCACAGACUCAGCCUUACUCAUGUGUCCCACUCCGGCUCCCGCCGCUCCGAGAGUCUGGAGGUCCACCACGGCUCCUCGCCUCCUCCAAAAGACUCAGACUUCAACUCUGAAUGCGAGGAGGUGGUAUCCCGCACGUCUUCUUCCUCAUUCCAGGCCCGAAGCCCUCGGAUGGAGGGCAAGCCUUCGUUGUUGAGCGGCUUCUCGUCGAUGUCGACCGAAGCCCCUCCAUCACCUGUCAACUCUUUGUAUGACAGCGGACGGGGGUCUGAGUCUGAAAUCGCGGAGACGCCCCUGCCGGGUUCGCCCGGGAUCCUGCGAAGGGCCGUGCAAGACCCCGAGGGGAUGGUGUGGGCGACUGCUGUUGCUCUGGCCUGGCUGGAACACAGUUCGGCCAGUUAUUUCAUCGAGUGGGAGAUGAUCGCCGCCAAGGCCAGCAUGUGGCUAGAUGAACAGAUCAUCCCAGAGGGCCGAGACCUGGCGUCGGUCAAAGCCACGGCCAAUCAACUCUUCAUCAUCCUCAGACACUGGGACGAAAACCUGCAGCUCAACAUGCUCUGCUACAACCCCAAUAGCGUGUGAGGCCUGAUAGGGUAGGGACAAAACUUCAAACUAUGCGAAACGAGGGUUUUACUCGCCUUGAGUUGUUUUAAUGUUUAUUCUGUGGGUUUCGUUUUAGUUUUAUGAAUAGAAAUCGUACCAGUAUUUCAUCCGCCGAAGGCCAGAAACAUACUCUGCACAGGUACGUAGACGCCAAUGUAUUGCAAGCUUCCUAUAGUAUAUAUGUAACUUGUUUUCUUGCAUUACUGUAGCAGUAACAAACUUGUAAAAGACUGUAUCUGUCUCCUAUUGAAAAAAU